CUGGUUUUCUUUUCAUUAUGUUGUCGGUCAAUUUCAACCACUUCAUGGAAUGAUGCUUCAUGAUGUGUGCGCACCUUCUGUGUGUACACAUCUACAACUCUAAAUGAGGACUCACCCCAAACAACAGAAAUUAUUUCUUCUUCAUCCAACUUAUUUAUUCCUCCUUGCCCUGAAGAGUCGAAGCCUAAAGUUGGAAUGAUGUUCAAAUCCUUAGAGGACAGAUUCAUUUUUUACAAACAAUAUGCUUCACUAGCAGGCUCUUUAGAAUUUUGGACAUUUCAUGUCCAUGUUCCAGCAGCCGGGAGGGUUUUCACUUUUCAAUCCGGGAUUGUAUCCACAAUCCUCGCCUCAAACUAACGUCAUUCGCCCGAUCGUUCCGACAAACCUCAUCGGAGAGAUGGAUAAAGCUGGUCCAUCCCGGUCUAGAAGGAGCCGGUCCCGUAGGUCACAGACAAAGGUGACCUCGGACGGGGAUGUGCGUUCAGUGCACAGCAAAGACGAGGAUUGGGACGUCCCCCAGGCGAUCAAGAAGUUGAAGGAAAAGGCAGUUCAGCCAGAAGGAUCUAGGAGGUCGGCCUUUCUAAGACUUGGCCAUGAUGGCCGAAAUCAGAACCGGUCAGCAAAAGAGCGGCUUGGGGUAGAGACCAUUCCAGCUAGUGCCUUUAAUCGUGCAGGGAGAGGAGCCGGACGACCUGGUCAGACCAGGCGAACGGAGCCAUCCCCACGCGAUGAGCCCCAGCACAGCCGGGCACCACGAGAGGAAGAAGCCGAAAGCCACCCCAGGCACACGACCCGUUCACAUGUUAAGAAACCUCGGGAUCGUGUGGGCCGGGUCGAGGCACAUCUGGAGAAACUACAACGCCGGGUAGACCGAGAAGAAAAGAAGAAGGUUCUGCUGAACGAAUCUCCGUUCACAGACCGGGUUCAUGAAACACCAUUUCCAAAGAAGGCGAAACUUGAAGUCCCGAAGUUCACCGGGAAGGAGGACCCGGAUAUUCACAUCAAAACCCUCCAUCAAAGUGGGCGGAUGAUGGGUCUUUCCGGGGAUGAGAAAUGUUUGCUUUUCUUUCAGACCCUCCGCGGCCGAGCCGUCGAGUGGUUUCAUAACUUACCGGCUGGUGAAAUCGAUUCUUUCGAUGAACUGGCUGAGGUGUUUCAAGAAAAGUUCAAAGAAAACUGUACCAAGAGGAAAAAGUUUACCUACUUGAGUACAGCCGGGCAGCGAGAGCACGAGGAUCUGACAAAAUUCCUCACCCGGUGGAAGGAUGAGGUUGACAAAGUGGAGGAGAUGGACGACAAGACAGCAAUGUCCCUCCUUGUAUCCGGGCUCCGGUCCGGAGAACUAUACAAAGAAUUCUGCAGGAGGCCUCCCCAGUCCUAUCAAGAGGCCUAUAACACGGCCUGGGACUAUGCUGACGCAGAAGCCCAGGUGUCAUCCAAGAGGGAAGCCGAGCAGGGCCACUCAAAGGGAAAAGUUUCGUUGAAAAAGGAAAUUACAUUGCCCGGUAAGAUAAAAGCAGAAGUCAUGGAGGUAAAACCGGUCAAAACAGAGAAGAAACUGACCGGCGAGAAACAAUGGACGGAGAAGUAUUGCUCCUUUCACAAAACUGAUUCCCAUAACACUGCAGAGUGUAACAGUGUGAAGGGGGUAAUAAAGCAGAUGAUUGAGGCCGGUGAGAUUGAUCCUGAAUAUCUGGCCCAGGCUAAGCAAAAGAAGAACCAAUGGGUCAGACCAGAAGGACAACCGGCCGAGCAGAAUAAAAAGAAGAAAACCGCCGGUAAAGAGCAUUUACAGGUCAUCUACGGUGGACCGGAAGGGGGAGAUUCUGCUUCCCAAAGGAAGAAGUGGGGGCGAGAACUCUACGUGGGGACGGUAGCCCUCAAUCCCCGGUCAAAACAAGCAAGACGGGAACCGAUCACUUUUACUGACCGGGACCUCCCCGCCACCGGAGAAGAUCACAAUGACCCCCUGGUUAUAACUAUGGACAUGGGUGGAGUCGAUGUCUCCCGGGUGCAUGAUGAAGUCUUGCGCAGGAGGGAUGCUAGUAAGCCUAAUGAGAGGGGCAAGCUGGCGCGUAACUGGGAAGGGCCCUAUCGUGUAAAAGCAAUUGUCAGACCGGGCACUUACCAGUUGGAGACUAUGGAAGGUGGCCGGGUCGAGCGACACUGGAACUCUCAUCACUUACGUAAAUUUUAUAGAUAAAGUGUAACUGGUUCCUGACCAUUAAUAAAAGUUCGCUCUUUUCGGAAGGAUUGUCCUCAUAUAUUAACCAGUAAUUCAUCGCGUACCAAUCUACCGGGCUAGACGUCCAAUCGAAUUGGACAUCUCAAAAAAAAAAAAAAAGAAUACCGGUCUGACCGAUUUAACACCUCAUCCGUACUAACACGGGAGUUAAAAACGAUUUGGCUUUACUAGUGG